AAGCUGGGCAGUUUGAGAAUGGUUGAGGGUCCUCACUGGUGGCCACUAGUACUAUGAUUUGGUAUGUGGCCACUUUGAUAGCAAGUGUAAUCAGCAGCACCGGAGGACUGGCAGCAGCUCAAGGUGCCCGCAGUACUAGGGAGGAGCCCCAGUUUGUGACUGCCCGUGCUGGUGAAAGUGUGAUCCUGGGCUGUGACGUGGUCCACCCGGUUACAGGACAGCCUCCUCCCUAUGUGGUGGAGUGGUUCAAGUUUGGAGUUCCUAUCCCCAUUUUUAUCAAAUUUGGCUUCUAUCCACCUCAUGUGGACCCUGAGUAUGCAGGCCGGGCAAGUUUGUAUGACAAGGCUUCUCUGCGGAUUGAGCAGGUGCGAUCUGAGGACCAGGGGUGGUAUGAAUGUAAAGUUCUCAUGUUGGACCAUCAGUACGACACCUUUCACAAUGGCAGCUGGGUGCACCUUACGGUGAAUGCACCUCCUACCUUCACAGAGACUCCUCCUCAGUAUGUAGAGGCAAAGGAAGGAAGCAGCAUUGUUUUAACCUGCACAGCUUUUGGAAAUCCUAAACCUGUAGUCAGCUGGUUGAGGGAAGGGCAGCUCGUAGAACAGAAUGGCAAAUACAAGGUCAGUGAUGGGAGUCUUACUGUUACAUCUGUAAAUCGGGAAGACCGAGGGGCAUACACCUGCCGUGCAUUUAGCAUCCAAGGAGAGGCAGUUCAUACAACACGCCUUCUAGUACAAGGACCCCCUUUCAUUGUGUCCCCUCCGGAAAACAUCACUGUAAACAUUUCUCAAGAUGCACUGUUCACUUGCCAAGCAGAAGCAUAUCCUGGAAACCUUACCUACAUGUGGUUCUUGGAGGAUGAAAAUGUCUUCUUUAAGAAUGACCUGAAGGUGAGGGUACGGAUCCUGAUAGAUGGAACCUUGAUUAUUUUCCGAGUCAAACCAGAAGAUGCUGGGAAAUACACCUGUGUCCCUAGUAACAACCUGGGACGGCCCCCCUCUGCUUAUGCCUAUCUUAUCAUCCAGUAUCCAGCCAGAGUUGUUAACAUGCCACCAAUCAUCUAUCUUCCUAUUGGGUUGCCUGGAUAUAUUCGCUGUCCUGUGGAAGCAGAACCCCCAGUCUCGCUUGUGAAGUGGAACAAAGAUGGUCGUCCACUAAGGCUAGAAAAGUAUUCUGGCUGGAGUAUGCUGGAAGAUGGGUCCGUCCGAAUUGAGGAGGCAACAGAGGAAGCUCUCGGCACUUAUACCUGUGUGCCUUACAAUGCUCUGGGUACGAUGGGACAGUCUCCCCCGGCCCGACUGGUGCUUAAGGAUCCCCCAUAUUUUACGGUGCAACCAGGCUGGGAGUACAGACAAGAAGCAGGAAGAGAGCUGGUGAUUCCUUGUUCUGCUGCUGGAGAGCCUUUUCCAGUUAUUGUAUGGAGGAAGAUUGGGAAACCUAGUAGAAGCAAGCACAAUACCCUUCCAAGUGGCAGCUUACAGUUCAAAUCACUCACCAAGGAGGACCACGGCGAGUGGGAGUGUAUUGCCACAAAUGUGGUUACAAGUAUCACUACCAGUACUCACCUCACUGUAAUCGGUACUAGUCCUCACGCUCCAACCAACGUUCGUGUCACAGCCUCGAUGACCUCUGCCAAUGUGUCAUGGGAUCCAGGUUAUGAUGGCAGCUUUGAGCAGACAUUCUCAGUCUGGGUGAAGCGCGCUCAGUUUGGACCUCAUGACUGGCUCUCCCUGCCAGUACCAGCAGGCAUGAACUGGUUGCUGGUGGAAGGCCUAGAAGCAGAGACUGCAUACCAGUUCAGUGUUCUAGCUCAGAAUAAAUUAGGAACAGGUCCCUUCAGUGAGGUUGUCACUGUGAACACACUAGCAUUCCCUAUCACUACUCCUGAACCAGCGGUGCUACUUUCUCCACCGAGGUGCCUGACAGCCAAUCGGACACAGCAGGGAGUCCUCUUGGCUUGGCUGCCUCCAGCUAAUCACACCUUCCCAGUUGAGCGCUACAUCAUGGAAUUCCGUGUAAGUGAGAGGUGGGAAAUUCUGGAUGAUGGUAUUCCAGGUUCUGAAACGGAACUGCUGUCCAGGGAUUUAGCUCAGGACACUUGGUAUGAGUUCCGACUGCUGGCUGUUAUGCAAGACCUAAUCAGUGAACCAAGUAAUAUUGUUGGAGUUUCCAGCUCUGAUGCAUUUCCGCAGCCUGAUGUGCCAGAAGAAGGUCUUGCACGGCCUGUGCUGGCUGGAAUUGUAGCCACAAUAUGCUUCCUUGCUGCAGCUAUUCUGUUCAGCACACUGGCCGCCUGCUUUGUCAACAAACAACGUAAACGCAAACUGAAAAGAAAGAAAGACCCUCCUCUUUCAAUAACACACUGCAGGAAGAGCAUGGAAUCCCCAUCAUCCUCAGGAAAGGUCAGCCCAGAAAGUAUCCGAACCCUGCGAGCUCCUUCAGAGUCCUCUGAGGACCAAGCCAUAACUGCUAAGAAGAUGUUGAGCCCCAGCAAGGAGAAAGAGCUCUCCCUGUACAAGAAAACAAAACGAGCAAUAACGAGCAAGAAGUACAGUGUCUCAAAGCAUGAAGCUGAAGCAGAGGCCACCACCCCUAUCGAGCUGAUCAGCAGGGGUCCUGAUGGUAGAUUUGUAAUGGAUCCCUCUGAAAUGGAAGCAACAGUGAAGCCCAGAAGAAUUGAAGGAUUUCCAUUCGUAGAGGAAUCAGACAUGUACCCAGAAUUUCGACAGUCUGAUGAAGAAAAUGAUGAUUCUGUAAUCCCACCUGUUGUGGCUGCACCUUUGUCUUCUAGCCAAGAGUCCUAUUUACAGCCACCAGCAUAUAGUCCAAGGUUCCAGAGGCCUUUACAGGGAGAUGGUGCUGCAGAAAGCAGGCUGCAAGCCACAGGCCAGACUAGACCUCCAGCUCCAAGAGCUUUUCACCACAGCCAGUUUUACGGUUACCUCAGCAGUAGCCCUGGAGACCAAGACCCCCCUCCAUUUUAUAUGCCAGACUUUAGUCCACUGAGUUCAGUGGUAUCUUCACCCCCUUUGCUCUCAGAAGGACCUUUUGGGCACCCCACAAUUCCUGAAGAGAACAGUGAGAAUGCAUCAAGCAGCACUUUGCCUCUGACCCACACACCCACAGGAGGAAGGUCUCCUGAACAGUGGAGAAGACAAGAAUUUCCCUUUGGUGGUUUAGAAGACCCUAUGAUGAUAUUCCCACACCAUCAAGAUAUAACUGAGACUUCACUGCCAAAGGCUGGUCUUCCAAGGGGAGGUCCCCCAUCUUCUCUCCCAGUCCCAGCACCAUAUCAUAGUGUGUUACAGCUGGAGGCACCAAAGAGUCGGAGCAUCAAAUCGCCAAGCAAAUGUAAACCAUCUGGUCUGGUAAAACAUCUAGAUAAAGCUAUGCAACUGGCGAGUCAAGGGCAGCUAAGACAUACCAGUCAAGGUAUGGGCAUACCUGUAUUGCCUUACACUGAUCCAUCCGAACAGGUUGGUUUUAGUGGCACAAGCACAUUUAGUCUUGAUUCCAGGUGGUACGAGCCAAGGCCUCAACCCAAGCCAAACCCCAGUCCCAGGCAAAUUAGAAAGGUGGAGUCUAGCUUAUACCAGGUAGUUCUUCAACCUUCUAGGCUUUCUCCUUUGACCCAAAGUCCUUUGAGUUCCCAUGAAGGCUCUCCAGAGCUUGCAAUCCGAGCCAGACCUAAGCCUGGCCUCAUUCAACAUUCAGAGAUUUCAGAAAUCACCUUACAACCUCCUACAGCUGUUGGAUUCACUAGGAAAUCAUCUUCUUCCAACCAUUCACCAGCAAAGAGCAGUACUGCUGGACAGGGCAACAAGCAGGCCAGCCCUAGUUAUAGGCCUCAGGUGGCAUUUGCAACAUCUGCGACCAGCUACCCCUCACAAUCCCCUUCUCCUCCUAUGGAAAGUGGAGACAUCUUUGGUCAGAUCCCUUCACAAAGGAGAACCGAUGACGAACUCCUUCCUUCAGAACCCUCACCCACAAGUCUAUCUACUUCAGGGACAAUUCCUCCAGUCCCAGGUGUUGCUGUUACACCUGAGAACUUGGAAUCACUGAGAUACCAGAGGAUAAAGAAACCCAAAAAGUCAUCAAAGGGUGCCACAAAGGCAAAGAAGAAAUCUGAUAUCUCAGCCUCCCAGGUUCAGCAGCUACACAAUUCUCAGGUACUUCAGCCUGAAGAAGCCCUCUACCUCCGAAAGAAGAAGAAACACUCCCGCCAGGACCCUUGUGCUCAACUCUCUGCCCUGAAGGAAGGACUGGGCAAAUAUCGGCACCAGCCUGAGGAUCAAAAGGCCAUACUGGCCAGUAUGGAUUAUGAUGACCAACAAGAACAUGCCACUUUGAUUUAAUGUCCAACAUGGGCAACCUUAGGUGCAUACUAAGUACUGGACCUCAUUCAGAUGCAGCUACUGCAAAUAAUGGACUUGUGCCAGCAAUUUGGGGGAUCAUGGGUAUAGGUCCAUUUUACAGUGACUGCAAUGUUAGUCUAACUCUCCUCUCUUAUUUUUGUACACUCAUUUAUAAGUGGCAGGUCAGUGUGUGUGCUAACAGGCUGACCUGUCACUUUGCAUAGUAGCUAGUAAUUUUAUUUGGAAUAUAUAAUAACUUUUACUUUUGAAAUGGAGCUAAGGUUGAUUGGAAUACAGCCUUAUGGCUCAAUCUGCUUUCAUAAUGUCUUAUUUUUAGGAAGAAGAAAAAAAAGUUAAAGUGGACCCCGAUGAUAAUUUCAGUUACCAGUUUGGAGGCCACUAGCUUGGUUAAACUGGCAUACCACUGGAUUGGAGGGGAAUAAAGAGUAAACAGUCUAGCUGUCAUGGGUUAGUCAAAGUCAAAUAGCAUUUGCAAAAAAAAGAAGGAGAAAGAAAAAAGAAAAAAAAAUCCAUGUCAUUGACCAAAAGAAGCUUUUGUUUCUCAAGUUUCAUCUCACAGAAACAACUGUUUGUAGUUAAUGACAGUGACUGAAGCAAGGAGGUAUUGUGAGAUUACCUGUGUAUAAAUACCUCUGAAGUCAUGCCUCGAAAAAUGUACAGUAACAGCUAAUAUUGUUAUAGUUACUAAUUUUCUUUUCCCCUACAUAAUUCCUUGUCUAUUAGGUUUGGACUACUUCAUUCAUAUAUUUAAUAAUAUUUCUUUUUUUGUGGAUAUGACAGACAUAUAUUUUUAACAGUGUACAGCAAAUAUUAGAAUGAGCGAAUAAAUGCUUUUAGAGAUAACUUUUAUUUCAUAAGGAGCUAUGGAUUUCAAAAGAAGAAAUGUUAAGAUAAAAAAAUCCUAAGGGUUAAUUGCUAACAAUGAAUCUAAACCGUAAGAAUGUGAAUACUAUUGCCUGUGAGAAGGCUUGAUUUAAGUGACUGGCUGCAGUUUCUUAAUUAUAUGAGUGCUAACCACUUACAUAAAAAAUGACAACGCAGUCAGAAAAUAAUAAGUUUUACAGCAGCAAAGUCAAUAAUGGCCUAUCCUAAAAGUGCUAGCGAUCUGCAUAUCUUGCUCUCCUCUUUGUGAUAGUGGAAGUGACUGUUCCAUUUCGUCAUACCCUGAGGUCAGUUAAACAAUCAUAAUAAUUUAAAAAAAUAACUAAAAAUAAAAGUAUACAGGCAUUGUUUUAUAUAUUAGCUUAUUAGCAUUCCUUUCCUUCGCAUUCCUUUCCUUUAAUUAUACUACUUAAUAGCAUUUUUGUUUUACAUAUUUUCAAAAAGGAAGGCAUUCUGUCUCUCUGGGCUGUAUGUUCAGCAAGGCUACAUCAGUAUUAAUAUGAAAUGGCAUAGGUGUAUAAACCUGCAUAGACAUUUCUGAUGUGUAGGACUGGUAUGAUUUUGAACAUUGCGAUGGGUUGUCUAUCUCUAAUUUAUCUCCUUUAUAGGCAAAAACUGUUCCUUAUGUACAUGUAUGCAAUCAAUUGGGAAAAAUGUUUCUUUUCAAUUUAGCUGGCAGAGUUAUUAGUAAA